UGAUGAUCUGUGUAGCCCCAGCAGCGUCACCUGUUAGUGUCCAUCAGUGCCAGCUCUCAGUGCUCAUCCAUGCCACCUGCCAGUGCCCAUCAGUGCCACAUCAAUGCCACAUAUCAGUGCCUAUCUGAGCUGCUUUUCAGUGUCACCCAUCAGUGCCAGUCAGUACCACCUAUCAAUGCCAAUCAGUGCCACCUAUCAGUGCUGCCAGUCAGUGCCGCCUAUCAGUGCCAGUCAGUGCUGCCUAUCAGUGCCAGUCAGUGCUGCCGAUCAGUGUGCAUCAGUGCCAUCUAUCAGUGCCCAUCAGUGCUGACUAUAAAUGCCGCCUAACAGUGCCAGUCAGUGCCACCUAACAGUGCCAUCAGUGCCGCUAUCAGUGCCAUCUUUCAGUGCUGCCUAUCAGUGCCAUAUUUGAGUGCUGCCUUUCAGUGCCCAUCACUGAUGCCUGUCAAUGCCCAUUAGUGCCACCUACCAGUGCCUCCUCAUCAGUG